AUGAAGACCGCCGCCUGCGCCCUCCUCUCCCUCGCUCUCCUUGGAGAGGCUUGUCUGCUCCCCCAUGAGGCAGCCGGACGCAAGAUUGCCCGCCGUCAGACUGGCAACAACAACACCGGCGUGGCCAUCGGCACCGGUGACCGCUUCGACGGCGGCAAGAAGUUCCCUCGCGGUCUCGGGUCCAACCCCAACAGCACCGACGCCCAAACCCUCCUCAACGUCAACGAAAUCAAGAGCGCCGUUCGCGGCCUCGUCAACGAGUACGAGAUCGACUACUUCGAGUCGCCCUACAAGACGUACCAGAAUGCUACCAUCUUUGGCGCAAGGGUUGGCGGCAGCGGCAACUGCACCGACGCGUACCGCGUGUACUUCAAUGCUGCGAUCCACGCCCGCGAGCGUGGCGCCCCGGACAACAUCAUCUACUUCAUCUCGGAUCUGUUGUACGCCAACAAGCACGGCGAGGGUCUGACGUACGGAGGUCGCACGUACAGCAACUGCGACGUCCAACGCGCCCUUGGAACCGGUAUUGUGUUCACGCCGCUCAGCAACCCCGAUGGCGUGGCCUACGAUCAGGCUACCGGCAGCUGCUGGCGCAAGAACCGCAACCCGGCGGCGUCAGGAGGUGACCCGGAGGCAAUUGGCAUCGACCUCAACCGAAACUUCGACUUCCUGUUCGACUUCCUCAAGGACUUCGCCCCGACCGUCGGACCGAACGUCGCCUCGGAGAACCCGGCCGACGAGACAUACCACGGCGCCGCCCCGUUCUCGGAGGCCGAGACGCAGAGUAUCAAGUGGGUGAUGGACGAGCACAAGCAGGUGCAGUGGUUCGUGGACAUUCACUCGUACACCGGCACGGUGUUGUAUAACUGGGGUUCCGACGAGAACCAGCUGCGUAAGCCGUACAUGAACUUCAUGAACGAGUCCUACGAUGCCGUGAGGGGUCUGAUGCCGGAUGUCCCCGCAGAUGGCGGCUUGUACGGCGAGUACCUGCCUACCAAGGACUGGUCGGACAAGGUGUACGCCGCGAUGAGAAUGGGCAAUGCCAUGGACGCUGCCGUCGGAAGACACCACGAGGUGCAACAGAGCGCGUACCUGUACCCGACUUCGGGUGCUAGCGAUGACUAUGCGUUCUCUCGUCACUUCUCUGACCCCUCGCUGAGCAAGAUUCACGGAUUUACCGUCGAGUUCGGAUUUGGCAACGAGGAGGUCGAUUGCCCGUUUUACCCGACACCAGAGCAGUACCGCUACAACCUGCUUGAGACGAACGCGGGCUUCAUGGAGUACCUGCUCGCGGCAUCUGAGAUCGGUGUUGGAGAGCCGGCUACCUGUGCUUAA